AUGCACAUCUCUGCUCUCCUCUACUGCUUCUACGCUGCUGCCGUGUUGGCCCAGGCACCUCCAGCACCAUCGGCCGGUACUGGUAUGCCUGGUCCUGCUCCUCCUGCCUCACCCACGCCCGACAACUCUGGCAACAAUCCACCGCCAUCAACAGCCGAUCCACCUACGCCAGGGACACCAGACACACCCACGGCUCCUCCAGCCUCGCCAGCUAAUGGAGGUCCUGCUGCUCCUGUUACCGUCAACGGCAAGUCACCCAUCCCAGAACCUCCUUCACCACCUGCUGGUCUUGCUGCACCACCUGGCGCACCACCUGCUGGUGCUUCUUCUCUCCCACCGGAUCUCAUGACGCCUGCUUCGACGGGUCUUCCAGCAGCACCGACCGGUACAGGUUUGGCAAGCAGUGUCUUGGGUGACAAUACAACGACCUCGUCUGAUUAUGGUACCGACUCGGGAAUAGGACUUGGUUCGACUACGGGCACGAGUACACCGCCUACAGGAACGCCUGCGUUGGAAGGUGGUUCGAGUGGUGCUGUGAGUGGCCACUCCUUCUUGUUGUCGUCGAUGCUGGCGGUUGUCUUUGCUGCUGCUACUGCGCUUCUGAUCUAG